AGCAAGAUAAUGAAACAGAAGCAACUGCUUCAUCGAUUCAACCAGAUAUGUUUAUUAUUGGACGAAUAUUUCCAGAUUCAGAAGUAUUUAAAGAAGGGGCAUUUAAAAUUGAAAUAAAAUUAAAAGGAGGGUAUCCAUUUGAACCACCUGAAGUACGUUUUCUUACUCCAAUUUAUCAUCCAAAUGUUGACAAAGAUGGUACAUUUUCUCAUGAGUUAUUAAAUAAAAAUGCUAAAUACAAGACUACAAUUACUUUGCAUGAAAUUGUGAAAGCUGUGAUUGAACGUAUUGAUCAACCAGAUCUUCUGUAUCCACUUCGCGCUGAGGUUGGUCGUGAAUAUGCCCAGAAUCGAUCUGAUUUUGAUCUUAUAGCACUGGAAAAUGUCAAUAAACAUGCUUUACCACGUCGCUAA